CAAAUGUUGCUCAGGCCAACUUUAGGCUCUGCUUUACCUGCAAUCUUUGAAGGGCCGAGGGUUCUGACCUCAUGGCUCUGUAUUAUUCAUUAGAAGACAUCUAUGACUGUGAAUUCUAACUCUUAUCAGCAGUGUCUGUAUGUUCCAGGGCUCUGGGACCUCUAAUCAUCCUCUGUACUGUUUAAUACCCAAACACCUCCCCUCUCUCCAGGCUAAAGAACUCCCCACUUUUAAAGACAACGACUUCCUGAAUGAAGGCCAGAAGCUGCAGAUAGGAGACGACAACAAGAAGUACUUUUUGGAGAAGCUAAAACGAGACGUGGAGUUCCUGGCCACCCUAAAGAUCAUGGACUACAGUCUACUGGUGGGGAUCCAUGACGUGGACCGGGCCGAGCAGGAGGAGAUGGAUGUCGUGGGGGAGGAGGAGGAGUACGAGAAUGACGGGAUGGGCGGAGGCGUGCUCACCGGCUCCUUCGGGACGCCCCCCGACAGCCCCGGGAACCCUCUGAACUGCGGGGGGUUCUUUGGCCCCGGGGAGUUCGACCCCUCUGUGGACGUUUACGCUAUCAAGAGCCACGACUGUGCUGUGAAGAAGGAAGUAUACUUCAUGGCUAUCAUCGACAUCCUCACGCAUUAUGACGCUAAGAAAAAAGCUGCACAUGCUGCCAAAACUGUGAAACACGGGGCGGGGGCAGAGAUCUCGACGGUGAACCCGGAGCAGUACUCCAAACGAUUCUACGAGUUCAUGUCCAACAUCUUAUCAUAGACUCAUCUGCCAGCCACGCACCAUUUCCCUUCUCCUUCACCUCAGUGUAGGAUCCUUCUCCCCUCUGCCUCUCUACGCCCCAUAACAGGAAAAAAAAAACUACCAGCAUCCUCCCACAGCCAGCAGCAGUCUGGAAGGAAAGGAUGCACUGAGCCUGUUACAUUUUCACACGCACCUCCCUCGUCCUCUGCAAGGAAAACUCGUGAAACCGCUCGCUGAAUUCGGAACAACUUCCCGAUAAUCUCCCUGUUCUUUUUUAAAAAUGUCUGCUCCUCGUUACUCCUCACGCCAGCACGGAAACUGUCUCACUAAUGCCUUGAACGAGUGUCAGCUUCAGCAGUACAGUAACAGUCCGUUAGUACAGUCUCUUUGAUUUCAUGUUGUUGUUCUUACGGUUUCUUUUAGACACACACACACACACAGAUGUAAAGAACUUGCACAGAGCUGAAUGGUCAGAUUGCAUGACAAACUCUUUUGACAGUUGCCAUGAGGCUUCUCUCUCAGUAACAACAAAGUAACUCAAAUUACUGCUGACAACAGGAGAUAAACACAUUAAUAUAUAAUGGUGUAUUAAGUAAAUUAAUGCAAUAUCAAAAAUGCAUGGCUGAUGUGUACAUGAGUCUCCAGCAGUAAGUUGAAACAUCAAACCACUGAACUUAGCAUCUGAUUGUUAUGACGAAAAUAACAAAACCUGAAAAAAACAUUGGUGUUUGAAUGUUACGUUGCCAUAUUGUUUUUGAAAUUUGAACCGUGAGCUUGGUCUAAGAAAAAAAACUCACAUAAAAAGGGGAAUUCUGCAGCAAAUGUUUUAUUACCAUAAGGAUCAUUUUUAUAUCUUGUUUACAUUAAUGUAGCAAUUUUGUGUUUGUAUACAGUAUUGUUUUGUUACCAACAGACAUUUGAAAAAAAAAGUUACUUGAAAAUGAUCAUUGCAUAUUAAAGGGAGUUUUAUCUUGUU